AUGCUCCUCCUCCCCGAACUCUCACCCUCCGACGCGAAUCAUCUGGAGCAGUUGGCACAACUGCAGGAACCUCAUCCAACCCGACCCAACAUACUUCAUGACAAUCAAUAUGGUAUAGUUUUUGAAAUUUAUUUAAACAAGUAUUGAUAUUAUUGUAAAAUGGCAAUAUAAGGCAGGUUUUAGCAAAAGUAUAGGUCCCACAACGAAAACUUGAUUUUACUGUUUUUUGCUAGCAUUGUGUUUUAAAUUGCUUUUAAAAUGCAUUCUAUAUUCAAAUACGUCAGAGAACGUUUCUUUUACAGUUUUUUUAAAUUUUGUGGGCCUCACCACGAAAACCUGGUUUUUCGGUUUUUGCUUGCAUUGUGCUUUUAAAACUUUUACUCAUUACCAUAAGUCUAUAAACGUCAUUUUGAGCAUAUUUAUUUAAAAAGUCGUAUUUUACCACAAAUUUUUAGUGAAUCCCUUAUCAAAUGUGAAUAAUAAUCAACCGCCCAACCUGAGCCAGCCCGCCAAAAACCAUAUACCUCAUAGACAUAGGAGUUCCGCGGCCGAAGACGAUCAUCGGCAUCAAAACGGGCGGUUUUCUGAAGGUAUUGGCUGAAUUCUUUAUAUUAUUUAGGGUUUUGAGGGUUACAUGAUUUAACUUUGUAUACUUUUCAUCGUAUAAAGUGUCUCUUUAAACAUUUUUUGUCGUAUAAAAUGUCUUUCUCAACAUAUUAUAAGUAUAACACAGUAAUUUUCAGAUGAAAACCACCUUGGCAAUGAGAAUCCACACCUUUCUCAAAGUCAUCAUUCAGAAGGCAAAAAGUACAGUAAUCAUUACGAUAACAACUACAAAAACAAGCCAAAACCCCUCUAUAAGCCGGGUCUGCCCCCUCCUCGGCUAGAAAACAGUCAAGCACCCGGAGGGGAUUGUAUACCUAUCAACGAGACCUUAAGGAAACAUCUUAUCCAAAGCUUGUUUAACGAUGAUUAUGACAAGGACACGUUGCCAUCGACCGACCCGACCUCGGUUGUGGUCGAGUUGACAGUCCAGUCUAUUACCGAGAUCAGCGAGUUCAGCUCCAGCUUCAACGCCGACGUCUGGUUCUCGCAGAUCUGGAGAGACCCGAGACUAGACUUUACUGGGUUCAAUUACUGCUUGACCAACCUGUCCUUAUCAGCUCACAAGCUGCCACAACUCUGGACACCCAAUGUUUGUUUUGUCAAUAGUAAGAAGGUGGAUAUUCAUGCCUCGCCCCAACAAAAUAUAUUGUUGUUGGCCUUUCCGAAUGGGACGAUUUGGUUGAAUUUCAGAGUUAGUCUCAGUGGACCUUGUAGACUGGAUUUGGUAAGGUUUCAUGACUUUUUCUGAUUUGACCGUUAUAGGUAGGGCGGGGGAAAAUAAAGUCGAGAAGAGUGAAGCGGAGGUAGGGUAGAGUAGAACAAGGUAUUAUAUUUAGAUUAUGAUAAAAAGAUUAUAAUAGAUCAGAGUAAUAUUGCCUAGGCUUAGGAUAUUAUAAAGCAUGCUUGAGACAAAGUAGAGCACGAUGAAUUUAGGGCAUGGUAAAAGUACGGGUAAGAAAAUAUAGAGAAAUUAAGUUGUGGCUUUAAAAUUUAAAUUAGGGGUAGGUUAAAAUAAAAUUUUUUUUAAGUAUAGAACAGGGAAUGUAUGGUAAAGGUUAAAGUGAAGCAGGAUGAGUAAGGAAAAGCAGGGUAGAGUACGGUAAGAAAAAAUAGGGUAGGGCAAAAUAAGGUAUUAUAGGGAAUGGUCCUAUAGAAUAAGGUAUUGUAAAGUAAAAUAAACUAUGGGGUAGGGUAGGGUAGGGUAGGGUAGGGUAGGGUAGGGUAGGGUAGGGUAGGGUAGGGUAGAGUAGGGUAGGGUAUACUAAUUUUUGUGUUUUCAGACUUACUUUCCAAUGGAUCUACAACAAUGUAGUUUGAUAUUCGAGGUGAGUAAGCCUCUUUGGUGAAUAUCAAAAAAAAAUUAUUUAAUUUUAAAAAUUUAAGUUGUUGAAAUAAUUCUGUGCUCCCUAACCUCAAAAAAUCUUUUUAAAUAAAAAAGGGGCUCAAAGUUUUCUGAACAAUUUUUUAAAAUUACCUUCAGAGCUACUCCUACAACACAGCAGAAGUCCGAAUAGUGUGGAGGGACUGGGAGGCGGUGUCAAUCCCCGAUCCAUCCUCAAAAAAGCUGCCUGAUUUUGAAUUGAUAUCAUUUGAACAUGCAAAUCAAACAUUAAUAUACACGGCUGGACUGUGGGAUCAGUUGGAGGUGAUCUUCAAGUUCAGACGAUUAUACGGGUUCUAUGUUCUUCAGGUAUGUUAACAUUGAUAUAGUGGGCAUUUGUGUUAAAUUGAAGUAGUUUUGGGCUUUGUAAAGGAAGUUCUUGCCAUUUCUUGCUCUGUAAAGAAAGUUUUAGCUAUUUUUGUUUUGUAAAGAAAUUUCUUGCCAUUUUUUGCUUUUUAAAGAAAGUUCUUGCCAUUUUCAGUUUUGUAAAGAAAGUUCUUGCCAUCUUAUGCUUUGUAAAGAAAGUUCUUUCCAUUUGUACAGCAAAAAACAAUAAAAAUCCAGCCUGCGAGUGACAAGUUAUACGCUGAAUACCAUCUUUAAUUUUGUAAAGAAAGUUCAUGCCAUUCUUUGUAUUGUAAAGAAAGUUCUUGCCGUUUUGAGGUUUUUACGUAAAUAUCUGCCCACAUUUUACCCAAUAAUGAUUUGAAAUGGCCGCCUUACACCCUAACAACCUCAUUUCAGGCCUUCCUACCCACCUAUCUUGCCGUUUUCAUUAGUUGGAUCGCAUUUUGGAUUGACACAAAAGCCCUACCGGCUAGAAUAACAUUAGGAGUGUCAAGCUUGAUGGCUUUGUCAUUUCAGCUGGGAAAUAUUGUCAAGAAUUUGCCUCGAGUCAGCUAUGUUAAGGUAGGUAUAAGUAACAUCAAAUUUUUUGAAAAAUUUUGAGAUUUUAGGGUUGAAUAUAAGAAAUUAUGACAUUUUUGAUUGUAUACUGGCAUCCUUAAAUUUUUUUAAAAUUUUUUAAUAAUUCCAAAGCUUUACGAUAUUGUUGUAGGCAUUGGACAUCUGGAUGUUCGGCUGCAUGGGAUUCAUAUUUUUAAGCUUGGUUGAAGUAAGUGACAGUUCAAAUAGGACUAGACUAGUCUAGAAAUUUUGUUUUUAAUCAAUUUUUCUUAUUUUGUUACCUAAAAACAUAAGUUUUCUCUAAUAAAUCGCCAAAAAUCAUCAUUUUACCUAAAAAAUUGGCCAAAAACAUAUGAGGUUGUUCAAAUAAUUCUGUGCCCGCUUACCCUGAAAAUUUGUUUUGAGAAAGAGCACAGAAUUAUGUAAACAACGUAAUCAGUUUUGCUCAAAAAAUUGGAAAAAAUCAUUAUUUUUUCACCAAAAAAAUCGAUAUAAAUCAGCUAUAUUACCUAUGAAACGGAUCCAAAAACCUUCAGCUAGCCAUAGUCGGUUUCGCUGACAAAGUCGAAGCCAGAAGAAGACGUCAGCAACGCACGAAAGAGCAAAACUUGUUGAGAACCGAAAGCGAACGCAUCAAAAUGGGCCAUCAACGCAACCACAGUCAAACCCUAUAUUACACUGAAGGGCGGAUUCAAUGUAAGUGUGGGAAAACAAGGUAAAAUACGCGGCUAACAACUGUAAUUUUUUUAGGGUAUUCAAAAUUGAUUUUGAAGGCUUUGGUAAGAAAUUUGGACAAAAUUUUUGAAAAAUUUUAAGAGUCAUGAUGACGCAUUGUUUUCCGUCAUGAUGACAGUUUUUUUUUAAAGUUAAAAAUUUGUCAUUUAAACUCACCUUAGAUUUAGAAACCAUUUUUUUAAAAUUACAUUUUAAAUUUUAAACAUGUCAUAAUGACACAUUUUACCGUCACGAUGACAUAUUUUUUAGAUUUUUAUAAAAUUUCUUUUAAACCAAUUUUAGGCUUAAAAAUCAAUUUUAAAUUCAUUUUACAGUUUAAAAACCUUAGUAAAGCCCACUUACUCUGCUGUAACAUAUUAUUAUAGAUUCUGCCUCAAUCGACGAUCUCGACUCCAAUUCCAAUCAGACCGCUUCAAUAAUCGGUGCUCCAGCUUCGGAACGUCAACGUCUAUAUCGAUGUGCUCCGAAUCCCACGGUCAAUGAUACCACCAUGCGACAACAACGUGCGAAUGGAAAUGGCAAAGCGGCCAAUUUCCAGAAGAUUCCAGAAGAACAACAGAACUACAUUAAUGGGGAGCGGGUGGAUGAGGUGGGUUUAUGUUGAAGUAGAAUAGUAUUUUAUAGCAUUACGGCUACUACGCCGCAAGGACGAAGCUAGAGAGGAGGGGGAGUGGUGAAGGGAGGGUGGGUGGGACGAGGGUAGGUUAAGGCAGUGUUUUGCCGGACCGGUCCGGAUGAGAAUUUUUUUCGGUCCGGUCCGGCUCUAUUUCUUUCGCUCAGGUCCGGUCCGGAAUUUUUUUUUUUUUUUUUAAAAAGAGCCAGGAGCGCUCAAACUGCUUUCUAUACGUUUAAAAACUCUUAAGAAUAUGUUUUAUUUGCAAUUUUUAAAACAGUUUUAUUAAAAUAAAAAAAAUUUUUUUUCCGGACCGGUCCGGAAAAUUCGUUGCGGGACCUAAUCUGGGACUCUUUGAAUUUAUUUUCCCCGCCAAAUUCAUAGACAAAAAAAUUUUUUUGGGUUUCUAACCCACCCCUUCCCAAAAAAUAGGUACAAACGUUCUCCGCAUCACGCAUUUUACAUUAUUUUUCCAAAAAAACUCAAAUUUUAAAUUUUUUAAAAAUUUUCACUCUGACCUCAUUUCAGAUCUCAGCCAAGCUGUUCCCCUUGUUAUUCAUGGCGUUCAACGUGUUCUACUGGUUCUAUUACAUUGGAAUGCCGAAGAACUUUGGCUGA